CUCUGCCAUUCACUCCAUCUACAGCUCUGUUGACUUGAGGAAGUCUUCUUUGCCUGACAAUGUCAACCACCGCUGAAUCUGUGACGAUGACCCCCCUGCUUUUUUCCAUGGAACUUUUGUUUGGGGUUUUCCAAAAUUAUGCUGAAAGGGAUGGAGAUGCAGAGACCCUUUCCAAGAGUGAACUCAAGGAAUUGCUGCAGGCGGAGCUGCCAGGAUUUCUUGAGGUAAAGUCACACUUGGAUUAAUAACUGUAUUAGCUGAGCCAUUUGAAUAGGUUUUACACUAACAGCUAUAUUAUACCUCAACUUCUAUAUACAUUAUAUAUGCUAAGAUUAGUAAAUGUUCUGAUGAUGUAGAAAAAAAAUCUGUGUUCUCAAAUGACCAUUGUUCAAGUAAAAAAUGAAGAUUUUUUUGUUUUGUUUCAGAAAUGUACAAGUAAAGAACAAAACAUCCAAGAGACAGCGAAACAGCUGAUUUUGGAUCUGGAUCAAGACGGAGACGGGAAGAUGAACUUCUCCGAAUUUGUCAUUUUUAUUUCUGCUUUUAUUUUAACAAUCCAUGGACUUGAUCCAAGACCCUGUCAGAAAACCAAGUGAUCAAGAUAUUAAUGAAACC